CUUACCCUAUCAGAACCCAAAAUAUAACCUUGGUUUAUUAUUUGUAAGCAAUCACUGUAUCUGGUUAAAACUAUUAUUCUUAUCUCAUUGGUGUUCAGUCUUUGCAUCCAUAUGUGAGAGUCCCUGUGUCUAUGUAUUUGAGUGGUAAAAUUGUUCUCCUGCCCCAUUCCUCAGCUAUUUAGCAAAUAAAGUGGUGGUGAAAAUGCUUAGUUAUUGGUUGAAUCCUAGAUUGUCCUUUUAAAAAGGUGUUGACCUGCACGACUAUUCAAUGUCCAUGAUCCAGACUUACUAUCUCAUAAUUAUGACGGUGCCUUUUGAGAAGUGUAACUUUGUUAAAAUAAGGUGAAAUAUAUAUUUUGUUUACUUGGUCAUAAAAAGCACAUUCUAAACUUCAUAAACACUUCCCAUCUCAAGAUGUUAAAUGAAAAUGACUAUAGUAAGUGCCUAUUAUGUGCCAAAUAAAGUAACAGGGUUGACGAUUAUCUUAAAUCAGCCAUAAAUCCCCUCGGGAUGGGUAUUGGAAGCUUGAGUGGAAAUUGAAUGCAAGCUUCACAAAACAUUUUUAAUUACUAAAACAUUUCUAGCCUGUCUAUGGGUAACAGGGUUAACGUUAUGCUUGACCUGCUCAGUUUUCCCCCACAAAACACUAGAAAAUGCCCAAAAGGCAUAGAACCAGCUGACCUGCUUUUACACUAUGAAUAUACUUUGAUGUUCAAUGUUUCUUUUGAAAAACACAUUUUAGAAAGGAAUAGAUUUACCGUAUUAAAACGAUAGUUCACAUAACAGGGUUGACCUUAAAAUGAGGGGCAGAUGUAAAUAAAUCACUUAUCACAUGAAAUAAAUAAUCUUCAGAUUUGAAUUUGUUAAAGUUACUAGGGCUUUACAAUUAUGGUGAAACUUGGAGACAUUGAGAAUUUUUUKGGGGAUAAGUGGGUUGAAAUCUUCCUAGAAUUGACACACGGUUGGUUGUCAAGGCAGAGGGCUAAGUAUUUUGUAAACAUGUACUUUGUUCCAUUAGGUAAUUUCUAGUAAAGUUAUACCAGUCAUAGCAAAGUUAUUUAGGCUCAAAAUAGCCUCUCGAAAUGUAUAUUAUAUAGCUGUGGAAACUAAGAAUCAGUCGGCUUAAUUGUUUUAUUAUAAAAAUGUCAGUACAAGCCUCAUCGUAUUUUCAUACAUGUAAUUAGUCUAAGAGCUGUAAUUUGCCGACACUGAAUCUUCGAAUAUGUGUACUCAAUCUCUAAGCAACAAGUUACAACCCGUAUCAGGAUAUUUGUACUUUACACCUGUUUGAUAUUUGACAGAACCUUUUUUUCCCCGUUGUGUAUUCAUUUUUUUGGAAUACGAAGGCGCCGAGGGAGGGACACCAUGUUGAUUUUAUCCCUGAACGGGGAGGGCUGUCUUUAACAGCAUAAAGUGUCACUUUGUUGUAGAUGAGGGAUAAUCAACCUCUGCACGGAUGUGUGACCUAGCUAGUACGACUCCAAGUUCAGAGUGUGGACAGACCUCUGUACCGCGGCACGUAUCACUGCUUCCAGUCUAUCGUACGACAAGAGUCGAUGACAGGGCUCUACAAAGGCAUCGGCUCCCCCAUGAUGGGCCUGACCUUCAUCAACGCCAUCGUGUUCGGUGUCCAGGGCAACGCCAUGCGCAGGCUGGGCCACGACACACCGCUCAACCAGUUCCUGGCUGGGGCGUCGGCGGGCGCGUUGCAGAGCGUCAUUUGCUGUCCUAUGGAGCUGGCUAAGACACGCAUGCAGCUGCAGGGGCUGGGCGAGAGGAAGUCCAAGCAGAAGCUGUACAAGAACUCACUGGACUGCCUGGUGCGCAUCUACCGGAAGGAGGGCUUCUGCGGAAUCAACCGGGGAAUGGUGACCACGCUGGUCCGCGAGACGCCGGGCUUUGGGAUCUACUUCUUGACCUACGAUGUCCUGACGCGCCACUUGGGCUGCGAGCCCGACGACCCCUACAUGAUCCUCAAGUUGCUGUUCGCCGGCGGCAUGUCGGGCAUCGCCUCGUGGAUCUCCACCUACCCCGUGGACGUCAUAAAAUCCCGGCUCCAGGCGGACGGCGUGGGUGGCCACAACAAGUACAACGGCAUCGCAGACUGCAUGCGUCAGAGCAUGAAGCGGGAGGGCUGGCGGGUGUUCACGCGUGGCCUCACCUCCACACUGCUUCGGGCAUUCCCAGUCAACGCCACAACCUUUGCCACCGUGACUCUGUUCCUCAUGUACAUGCGGAACGACGAGGGCGGCAUCACAGACUGCGAGCCCCUACCCGCCCACUCCUCACUCACUGCGAGCCCACAGCAGGCCCAGCCCUCAAGCCUGUGACCUGGGGAAGAUGGUGCUUCUGCUCUGGUGACCCUUACUGGAGUGGAGGUGGUCCCACAGUGCACCAGUUAAGCUGCUGAGACCUGAGUGACUUGACCACUAGACAAAGGAUAUUUUUAUACAAUGUAUUUUAAGAUUGGAAAACUUUGGUUGUAAAUAUUUACGUGUCCCUUUUUGACCCUUGGUUUUGUACAGAGCAGACUUUAUUUGUAUUUUUUUUCUUUGGUUAAUUAAUUUGUCACUGGGGGAAGAAAGCACUCAAAUUACUGAACUGGUCAUCCUGGUUACAAAAUACCCGUAUACAUGUAUGUAUGCACAGCUUAGUAUAUUUAUAUUGCAGGGUUGGAGAAACGGAUUAGAUGUAACAUAAAACKAAUCCGUUACCAGCAAAAUUAUUGGAGGUAGUUUCGCUAGCCAAUGACUGGAAGUCUAUGGGUAUCUGCUAGCAGAUGCCUAUAGACUUUGUCAUUAAAAUGCAACAUCCAUUCUGGCCAGCCCUUAACAUUGAUUUAUCCUGCAAUAGAUGUCAUUCAAUUGGUAAUAUUAGUCUUCUAAUGCAUCUUAAGGGGAAAGUAACCUGAAAGUAAAGUUUGAGUAAUCCAAAAGUUACGUUACUGAUUAGAAUUUCACAUGUAACUAGUAAUUAACGGAUUAACCUACCCAACCCUGCUUAUGUAUGUCUGAAAAUAUGUAGUGUCGUGGCCAAAAGUUGAGAAUGACACAUUAAUUUGUCUGCUGCCUCAGUUUGUAUGAUGGCAAUUUGCAUAUACU